AUGCAAUCGUUUAAAGGGUUACGUUCCUUAAAUCCAGCCUUAGCACCACUUAUAGCCAAGACAGGGCCUCCAACGCAUCAAUAUGGAUUUAGAAAUGUGGUGCGGCCACAACUGUGUCAGGACUUGAUAGAUAAACUAGAUUUAAAGUCGAAAUACCCCAACUCUGCGAACAACCUAGACAUUAUCGAUGUUUUCCCAGGGUAUGGACUUUUUUCCACCAUGGUCAACUUUGAAUUAAAUCCACGAAAACAUGUAUUAAUGGAUACGAAUAAACAAUAUGUUUCUAUGUGGAGAAAUAGAAUAGAUCACUUGAGAGAAAGGACAGGAAAUUCGGAAAAUUUUGUUCUUUAUGAGAAGGAUGGUUAUACUUGGGAAACUUAUAAUGACUUAAUUGAAAAGGAUAAAAUUAUUCAACCCGAGACACGUCCAAGCUCUCAGAUACACGAUGAGCUCCUUAUAAUUGGGAACUUGACUCCUCUGAAGUUUGGUGAAGCAUUGUUUGCUCAAUGGCUCAUGUGUUGUGCCUAUGGGAAUUGGAUGCAAAAAUAUGGUAGAGUUCGUAUGCUCUGCUUUGCCACUGAUCAUACAGCUGCAAAGUUUUGCGCACAGGAGAAGUUUACCAAGAGAAACAAAUCUGGAAUUAAGCGUGAUACAUUCACAGAAACUUCGGUAAUUGCCGUAACGGAACUGAAAGAGUUGCUGGAACCAGAUGGGUUUGGAUUUGAUCCUACGGUCUUGAUAAAGGAUCAACCUGUAAUCCUUCCCAUCAAGGCAGUACUUCCUGAGGGUAAUCCAGUAUCACUUCUUGAAGUAAAUCCUCGUGACCUUUCAAAAUUAGAUAUUGAUGUUGACUUGUACGAGUAUCUUCUUAAAAUCCUUAUGUUUAGAUCGUCUUCAUUGGUAAUAGAAAGUCUUUCCCAUUUGGCACCAGGUGCUGAAAUUGAUUUACCACCUAAAAUACCCAAUGAAAUAUUACAGAAGUCAACCAAGGAACUAUCUGUGGAAGAAAUUCUUACAGUUUAUAACGUUUUCAAUAAUUGGGCAUUCAAACCAAGUUUUGAAGAAAUGGUUAGCAUUAAUGAUGUUGAGAGUAGAAGAUUUUAA